CCCCUCUCACAUGCCCCUCACCACCAAAUCAAUCAAACGCGGACUUCCUCCCUGAGACGCACGCACCGCACCUCACCGCCCCGCGUCGCGAGAUCUCAAAUCCCCGAUCCGACCCCACCGGCGGCGAUGGCCGGCAAGGAGCUGAGCGACGAGCAGGUUGCGUCGAUGCGGGAGGCCUUCUCCCUCUUCGACACUGACGGCGACGGCCGCAUCGCCCCCUCGGAGCUCGGCGUCCUCAUGCGCUCCCUGGGUGGGAACCCGACGCAGGCGCAGCUCCGCGACAUCACCGCCCAGGAGAAGCUCACGGCGCCCUUCGACUUCAAGCGAUUCCUCGAACUCAUGCGCGCCCACCUCCGCCCGGAGCCGUUCGACCGCCCGCUCCGCGACGCCUUCCGCGUCCUCGACAAGGACGCGUCGGGCACCGUCUCCGUCGCGGACCUCCGCCACGUCCUCACCUCCAUCGGCGAGAAGCUCGAGCCCCAUGAGUUCGACGAGUGGAUCCGCGAGGUCGACGUCGCCGCGGACGGCACCAUCCGCUACGACGACUUCAUCCGCCGCAUCGUCGCCAAGUAG